AGCAGCGGGCAGAACAGGAAGUCUGACCGCUGGAGUCUGCAGUGGGACCCCUAGUGUUUUCCCACUCCAUGUCCUGGCAUCCUUCCCCAGAAGUACAAACACACACACACAGAGCUCCCAUUGUUGCAGCCCUCCCCAGCCCACUGAUCCUAAUAUGGAAUGCAGCAGGAAACCCAUGAUUUCCUGAUACUCGGCAAGCUGGAGGAAGCAGGGGGAAAUCUCCAUUUAAAAGCGCAGCUUUCCUCCAUGUUAGAUGUGAGGUGGAAAAUGGGAAAGAUUUAGCAAAAUUCCUCCGUGCCUUCAGCCAGGCUGGAGAGGACGAGAGCAGGGUGAAACCCUCAGGCUGCUGAAAUUUCUGAGGUGUGGGGAAGCCUCUAGAAUCCUACAGGAAGGAGCGUCUCCUAAGUGGAACUGAUAGGGAAGAGGAAUAGAUCCUUUUAAUAAUUCCCCCAAGUGUGUGCUCCCUUACUUUACUAGAAUGGUAAGCAACAGGGCAUCCGCGUGCCUCGGACAUGCCUGCAUGAUCCAAGGUAGCCAAAGUAAGGCAGGGUAAACUCCAGCCUGGCGCUCACUUCCCACAGCUUCAUGUGCUUUGGAAGCAGCAGCAGCAGCAGCAGCAGCAGCAGCUGGAGCCGCAAGAAUGAACUGCAAAGAGGGAAAUGACAGCAGCUGCAGUUGCAGUGGCAACGAGGAGAAAAAGAUGCUGAAGUGUGUGGUGGUUGGGGACGGUGCCGUGGGGAAAACCUGCCUGCUGAUGAGCUAUGCCAAUGAUGCCUUCCCCGAGGAGUACGUGCCCACUGUGUUUGACCACUAUGCAGUUACAGUGACCGUGGGAGGAAAGCAGCACCUGCUCGGACUCUAUGACACUGCAGGACAGGAGGACUAUAAUCAGCUGAGGCCGCUCUCCUACCCCAACACCGAUGUGUUUUUGAUCUGCUUCUCGGUUGUAAAUCCUGCCUCUUACCACAAUGUCCAGGAGGAAUGGGUGCCGGAGCUGAAGGACUGCAUGCCUCAUGUGCCUUACGUCCUCAUAGGGACCCAGAUUGAUCUCCGCGAUGACCCCAAAACCUUGGCCCGCCUGCUAUAUAUGAAGGAGAAGCCGCUCACUUACGAGCAUGGAGUGAAGCUUGCAAAAGCGAUCGGAGCACAGUGCUACUUGGAAUGCUCAGCCCUGACUCAGAAGGGUCUCAAAGCGGUUUUUGAUGAAGCCAUCCUCACCAUUUUCCACCCCAAGAAAAAGAAGAACCGCUGCUCAGAAUGUCACGGCUGCUGUUCCAUCAUCUGAAGCUGCUGGAGACUCGCCUCCACCCCACCCAAGGGUGCCACAGCAGCCAAUCUCGGCCACCCAGCUCCAGCCAAAAAGGAGGGCGGGACCAGAAAUGAAUUCCCUCGCACCAAGGCCGCCCCACCUGUGAGCUCCCCAGCACGGCCUCCCCGUCAACCAACUGCCACGUCCCCAGUCCCCCCAUCCCGGCCAGAAGCACCCACGCCGCACCCCGACGUUAAAGCGGAGCUGGAUUUCAGACAGUGUAGCUGCCGAACUCGUGGGGAACAGUCAAAGGGCCAUCUCGCCCUCCACCUGCUGCUCCCACAAGCACAAAGCUGAUGGGAGAGGAGGAGCUCAGUUCCCGAAUUGGUGGCCUUACAUCUUUUACAAAACUCGGGAAUAUAUAUAUAUAUAUAAAAAAAAAACAACGUUUUCUUCUGAAUCUGCUGUUUUACCCAUCGUGUUACGUUCCUUUUGCAUUAUUUCAAGAAAUUUCCUAAUUUUUUUUUCAAUUCACUCAGGCCUUACAAAUCCAUACCAAAGCAGCCUAAAGACAAGACGGUUGAUGUUCGCUUCUAUUCUCAGCAUGUUUCUACCAAAGUCAUUGGAACCAACAUGUACCUCUGAAUGCCUGAUUAUAAGAGAACUUUAAAUUUUUCAAAAUUUUACAGAGCAAUACCUUUUGAGGAAAAAAAAAAAAACACCAUCUGAAUUAUUCUGCAGAUCCACAUUUUUAGCCAAAAAUUCACUGUAAAAGGGCUUACGUUGAUAAGUGAACUGCUUUUUUCCACCUACUAUUGCCAGCCAGGGCAAACUAAAAAUGAACUGAGUUAAGAAAGAAGUAAUUCUGCUUUCCCUCCAAAUGGCAUGAAGGAAGGGUAUGGCAGAACCCAUCUUUUCAAAUAUUAAGUAAAAUGGACUUCUCUGCUUCCUGCUCCCCUCCACCAUUGCGUGUUCUUUUCCUCCUUGACACUUGACACUUUCUCCUAUGCCCAAUUCCUUUGUUCUUCGCAGUCAUAACCUGACCUAAAAGAAAGAGCUGGACAUUGGACAUGAAAAAGCAAGUGUUUCAAAAAUCUCCCGGUUCAAGCAAAGUGCCUCGAUUUUUCCACUUGCUUAGACAGACCGAAGGUGCUUCUAGCUUGCACUAUGGACGCUCCUGUUCCAUUUAAAUGACAUUUUCCAGUUACAGCAGGCAGUAAAUUACUGCCUCUCUCUCUCUCCAUAUUCAUUAUUCUAAAAGUUUGUCUAGGAACCAGGUUUGUGAAUACCAAGCUCUGAAUCCUUUUUCCAAAUGAUGCAUUCCAAGGACUUUGGCUUACGAGAAGAAAAAGCUCGCAGUAGGGGGGUCUUGUGACCUUCCUAUAUGACAAUUCCAAACAUCCAGAAAUUCUUGCGUCACAGGGAGCUACUUCCUCCCUUUUAAAUAGAGAAUAAGAUGGCUUCUAAUUAGUCUUAUUUGCUUUCACGUGCCCUGGAAUAACCCAGGUAGUCACUUGAUCAUUUUAUAUUAUUGCAUAAGCAAAGCCUGUUUUUGCAGUAUAAAAUAUGUCAAAUUUUUUUUCAUAUUCAAGCUGUUGAAAAAAUCCAGUGUUUCUGUCCCUUCUGCUCCUAGAAGAACCACAUAGAAAAGAAUUGUAUUAUGAGUCUUUUCUCUUAAGACCUUUCAUGAUACCCCUUCAGUCUUUUGUUUUUAUUGGUUAAUUGGUUAGUUAGUUUAGAAUUUCUGAAAUGUGUUUUCCUUUCUUCCACAUUGCAAAUGCUAGUUUUUCUUUUCUCCCAUCUAAUUGCUAGCAUUUUCUUAAACACACACACACACACACACACACACACACACACACACACACACACACCACCUAAAAGGAAACAGAAGCUUUGUAAGUCAAAGCUUGACAUUUAGAGAACAUGAGGACUUUCUGCCUUUGUAAAUGGAAAUCAACCAUGUAUGAACUAUAGCUGCAGAGGUUAUGAGUUCAUCCUUUACAAACAAUAAUGAGCAUUUAGCCCUGUAAUAAAGGAAGUGUUGUUAGUCAGUUUUGUUACAUUAUUGCGUCACUACAUCUUGCUAAAAGGCCACUCCUUACUUCUCAUUGAUGUGGAUGAAAAAUUGAAAGCAGUACAUUAGCUCCACCAGAGAGAAUUUUCCAGAUGUGUGCACAGGCACAUAGCUCCCCAGGUCAUCACCUCCUUAGUGGGCCACUGGGAUGAAAGUGUUCACAGUGAGAAGAUCACUGUCACACAGAGCCGGAGCCUGGACAGAGAGACUAUUGGUGUCGGAAUGGAAUACAGACUCCUCCAAGAGGCCUUAGGAGUCAAUUACCAAGUAGAACAAAGCAACCCAAGUGAGUUAGCAUCCCACCAAAUCAGUCAUUCAUUCCCUCUUUUAUGGCAAGACCUAAUUCAUUUCACUAGAAAGUGGUUUCUGCUGUAUGAUCAAAUGGAAUGCUCUGAAACUACAAAUAUAAAAAGACAUAGAAAUCGGAAAAAGGAUCUUUAAUGGUCCACGCUGUCUCCCAGAGUUAACAAAUGGCCGCUGAUCUCCAUGUGAGGACAGAAUCUUAACUUUUCAGAGCUAGAAAAGGCCUCAGAAACUGUAGUCCAGGCCUUCCUGCACAGAUGAGAAACUCUACUGCAAUGGCCUAAGAGAGGUGUGUUGUGCCAGAGCCAGCACAGAUCUUGGCUCUUCUGCUUCCCAUCCAAUGCCCUUGAGCCUCAAUUGAUUCAUUAACACACCCAUUAAGUUGGAGUUUUGUAGGCACAUCAUUGGAGUUAUAUCAUUUAUCCUACAGAUCUCAGACACAUUUUGACCAUAUAUUCAAUUAUUAAUAAUAAUUACAAAAUUUACAAAGACAUCUAGAAGGUAGCAUCCAAUGUGAUAGAUUUUACACCGUAUGGAAUGCAUUUGACAGUACUUUAUUCAAGCAAGCUAAGAAAAUAAUAGUAGAAGAUGAAAUCUUUAAGGUUACUCUCCAGAUACAUUUUGAACACACAACUUCUUAUAGUUAAGCCACUAUAAAUAAGAUAAGCCAUCAAACUACUAAAAAACUACAGACAAGAAUUCAGUCUAUUCUCUAAUAUGCCUGGAAUCCAGGGUAAUCAGCAAUGUAAUCCCAAUCUAAUGGUUCAAUCAAUAGUUUGACAGACUUUUUUUUGGGGGGGGGACUGGGAUUGAACUCAGGGGCACUUAACCACUGAGCCUCACUAAGUUGCUUAGGGUCUUGCUAAGUUGCUGAGGCUGGCUUUGAACUUGUGAUCCUCCUGCCUCAGCCUCCCAAGCUGCUGAGUUUACAGGCAUGUGCCACUGCUUUGGGUUGGACAGAUUUUUUUUUUCACUCAGAUGUUUGAUUGGUUGGUUGAUGGAAUUAAUGGACUCCUUAGGCUAUUUCAAAAAUACAGAAGGACUAAGACACAAGUCAAAAUCAUGGUCCACAUAAGAAAUCUGGUCUGAUUUCUGCCAAGAAAAGUUAGACAAUUACUAAAGGUGAGAACUACAGCAACAUUAAACUAGGAAGCACCAAGCUGGGAGGUCAAAAGUAAGUCAUACACAUGUGGCAAGAAGGCUUUGGUACUGAGACUUUGAUGGCAAUAUGUCUGUUUAUGAUAUGCAAAAUAUCUUUUGGAAGAUGAGCAAUCCAUCAGAGAAGUGGGUGCAACCACACACAAUGUUCAUUAGACCCCCAAUAGGAAAAUAGUAUUAGAGUGGUAGCAAAAGAACACUCACAAUUACACUCACAAUUUUAGGAGAAAAUAAAGAAAGCUAAAUCCAAAAUUUGAAUCCAACAAAAAAUUGGUCAAUGUUUAAAGUUGAGCGUCUUCAAGAAUAAAUACAUUUACUGUCAUGUAACUAAAAAGAACAAAUAAAAAAAUUUUAAAAGAAGAAAAAAUAUAUUUCACUUGAGGCAAGCAUCCCCAGAUGCCCUAUGACAUUCAUAAAUGCAAACUCAUUCAUGACACCAAAGAGAUUCCAAAUGGAGGGUUUGUUUUAAAAGCAUACUUGACAUCAUGCUGGAGAUUUUUAUCUAACCAGUUAUAGGUUCAUUUUUAAAACCCACCCUUGUUUAGCUGCCAGGAUUUGAAAUCUGCAUUCACUCUCAACAGAGAGAACCAGAGGGCACCAGCUGUUUAGAGAGUCACUGAGUAUCAGUAAGUCCAAGUAUCAGUAAGAAAACUGCACAAGAUAGUGUUGUUUCCAGGACCCUUAGAAACAGAAAGGAAAAGAGAAGAUCAUGGAAAACUGAGUUUCUUAGGAAAGAAGUUAGGAAUUUUAGAAAAAAGGUAACAGGAUGGAGAGGAAGCCCCAACCAAACACAAGGCAGAACACACACCUGAGAAUCCUCCUGGAGAGUGGUUAACUUCUUUCUGCCUGGUCUCUAGAGGCAGAGGGAGGAAUGGACUGUGAUUAUGAAGAGCACUCCAUGAUCAUCAGGACUCCUCAGGUCACGAUCCUAGGACUCAUGAUUCACUACAGAUGAGUGCAAUUCUAGACCAUGUUCUUUGGGUCUUUCAUAGCAGGAUGGGAGCUCAGCCUCUCACCAUCUCUGUUUACACGGAACAUGCAGUCAAGGAAAAUCAAGAAACAUGAUUGAACAAAUGAAAGUUUUCCUGAGCUCAAACAUGACUUGAAAAUCUGAAGAGGGUGACCUUUGGAAUAUCUGGACAAACAGUUCCUUGUGUGAAUGGUAUUGAUGCAUCUUCAAUGGAGUACUUCCAAAAGAAAGAUGGUAUUUAAUAGGCACCAGUGCAAUCGCAUAUGAUAAAGCAAUAAUUCAUGGUGCUUCCAUGGCCAACAAAGACCAGAGCACCAAGCUCUAUCUUCAGCAUCACCUCAGCCAUCAGGGGCUCCGCUGUGCUCUUUGGGUGUCCCUUGGGGGUCAGGGAAACAAAGAGUCAAAGAGAGUUUGGCUCAUCUGUGAAAUGGUGGGGUGCAAGUCACCAACCGUUUUUGCCUUUGAAAUCCCACUACAGGAAAUUAGAGUGAAAACUGCAUGAUGAAUGUUGGUCACAAUAUAUUUCUUCUCCCUUAUGGGGGAUAUGAUGUCAAGGAUCAGGGUUGCUUUGGUGCAUGUGUGUUUUAAACGCAUCCUACCCUGGAAGUUUUAUUUUGUUCUAUGAGUUCUGCUGUGGCUCAGAAGCUUUGUGAAGGCACAGCUGGAGUCAUUCUGUUGUGUCUUUAGCUAUGUCCUCCAAGUCUCUCAGUCACACAGUUUGCUGAAUAGGAUCUGAUCAGGGUUAUAGGGGAUGUCAUGUCCGGGGCAUCAGGAGGAGAAGGUUCCCAUAGUCACGCUUCGCUUCCCUGGGACCCUGUACAAGGCAGUCUUCAGUUUGUGAGUUCUUUGAGGGGUGGGGGGUGGAGAGACGGCUUCUGAGUAGAGCUGCGUGUUUGGGACAGCUUUGUAAAUACACAUCUAAAAUCACCUCUACCUAGCAUGGUUUAAUUUUUUUUUUUUUUAAGCAGACUCUUUUGUCCUCCAGGAGUCAAGAGGCAAGAAAGUUAAUGGAUUCUACAUCCUCAUCACCUGGUCACACUGUCUUUCUCUCUGAGUCAACAGAAAUUACUGUUUAAGUACAUCUCGGCAGAGGUUUAUUCCUCAACUGUAACAGUUCAUGUUCUACUCGAUGUAAUCUCUACAGUCAAGGGCAGGACAGCUGGUCCGCUCGCUGGCUGGUGUUCCUACCAUCUGCGUCUUAUGUAAUGGCUAUUCUAUGUACCUUGGUCAUUAUUAAUGGAAUGUUAUUUCAUGUACUCUUUAACCUUGCAGUUUAUUUUGUGUCAUGUUCUGAUUUUCAAAUCAUUAAAUAGUCUUCUUCUCA